AUGGCCACCGUGAUCGUCGGCGACGCCACCGACAAGACCCGCCCAGAAACCAGAUACACCAUCCACAAAGACCUCCUCACCUCCGCCUCCCCCUUCUUCGCCGCCGCUCUCAACGGCAAAUUCACCGAGAGCCUCGACCAGACCGUCCGUCUACCAGAAGAGAAACCUGAAAUCUUCGAGUGGUUUUUGCAAUGGCUCUACACUGGAACCCUCAAAACCCCUGCACCGCACUGCGACGCACUCCCUCCCACCCUCGUGCACCCUUCCAACAUGCAUCAUGCUGGAGGCCCGCAUGCUUUGACCUCCCACGCCCACCACACCCACCACCACCUCGCCGCCCUCACGCACCACGACAUCCGCACCGACGGCGACCUGCGCAACACCCACGGCUCACCCAAAUACUUCCUCCUCUUCGACCUCUACGCCCUCUCGGACCGCCUCCUCACCACGCCCUUGUCAAACCACAUCCUCACCACCAUCGCCCGCCUCUCGGAAUCGACAAACUCAGUGCCCACACCCUCCGAUACCUGGAUCCUCUAUGCCCCGACCACCGUCUCCGACUCUUCACCCCUGAGGACGCUGGUACUCGACCUCUUCGCCUACAAAAAAACCGACAAGUUGCUAGAAACGCACAAAGACGACUGGCACCCGCGCUUCCUGCGCGACCUAUGCGUCAAACUCAAACGUCCCGGCCCUGAAGCGCUUUCCCGUCACGAGCUCGUAGCGUUUCGUUCCCGAGACUGGGCGGUCGGAAGUGGUGCCGCCGGGGGAGACGGGGCAAAGAUGCGUGGGCUGUGA